AUGAACUUCAAAGUGUCUACAUCAAUGUUGAUUCCAAGGACAAACUACCAAUUGUCAUCGAUACCGGAGCAUCUCUUGCUUACUCCAAAUCUUGAAGACUUUGUUACCAAACUGAUUGCUUGUGGGACAACUAGCCUCAAUGGACUGUCAUCCAAGAUUCCUGUGCUGGGUGUUGGAGAAGUGAAAUGGAAAGUUAGGGAUUUGCAUGGUGCAAUCAAGUCAAUUUGUGUUAAUGCUUACUACGUCCCAGACGCUCAAAUCCGAUUGCUCUCACCACAGUCCUACUUUCAACAACACAGAAGUAGCCAUGUUUGUUUUGAUGGAAAACAAGUGAAGAUGACGUUGCCUGAUGGUGAAAGUCUGUUCUUUCUAUAUCAACCAAGCAACAACCUCCACAUGAUGCUACCACCAAAUUGUCUCAUGGAAGAAGCUGCCCAUAUCAUCACAAAUGAAGAAGAGGAACACUUGGACGACAACAUGAGUGUGUUCUUGAAUGUUGGUCAUGAUAACAAUGCAAAUUUGACCAGGGCAGAGAAGAAGUUGCUUCUCUGGCAUGCAAGCGAAAACAGACCAUACGAAUAUGAAAUGGCUUCUGAAGCUCUCCAAGUGGACCAAGAAGGAAGGUCAUGCAGCAAUGGGGCCUCUGCCUUCCAAGCAAAACGAGUUCAAGUCCUGCAAUUGUCCCAAGUGCACUAUAGCUUGGCUGUUCCUAGUCGACUUGCACAUGCUUUUGGCGGAGAGAAGACUUCCAAGCAAUAUGUUGGAGGAGCUCUGUCCGUUGACCAUGCAUCUGGUUUUGUGGACAUCAAUCACCAGACCUCCACUGGCACUAGAGAAACUGUGAAGAGCAAGCAUUUGAUUGGUGAAUACGGUCACAAGGUCAAGGCUUACCAUGCUGACAACCACCCUUUCAGUUCUAAAGGAUUCACGGAUGAUGUCAAGUUGCAGAAACAGACAAUCGAUCACUCUGGAAUUGGAGCUCAACAUCAGAAUGGAGCUGCCAAAAGAGCGAUCCAAACCAUCACUACAUGGGCUCGUGCCAUGCUUUGA